AUGGGAGAUCCCUUGUCUGUCGCGAGUGGCGUUGCUGGCCUACUCGGUCUCGCCGAUAUCGUCUUCAGCCGGGUGUACAAAUACGCCAAAGCCGUCAAAGGAGCCGAAUCCAGUGCCCAGACUCUUGCCAACGAAAUUCGAACACUUGCUGGCCUGUUGCACAGCCUCUCCAUGGUAGCGACCGAACUCGAGGUUGGCCCAACUGUCUGGACGUUUCGACUACAGCACGUCAUCACAUGCCAGCAAGUUCUGCUGAAGAUUGACCGGAAAACUCGGGAAGCUGAUCCAUCAAACCCUGACGGCGGAAAAGUCCGUUCGGUCUUGAAGAAGCUGAAAUGGCCCUUUUCAUCCACGGAGACCAAGGAACUCAUUGAAGAGAUCAACCGCCACCAGAGAGUGAUCACUGUCGCGCUUUCGGCUGACAGUAUCACGCACCUCCAACAGCUUCUUUCCGGUCAAGAUGAACUUCGUUCCGGCCAGGACGACCUUCGUGCCGGUAUCAGGGCUCUCCGAGAAGAUUUCAAUGAGCAACGAGAGAUCGAGACACGUAUUGCACUAGACGCAAAACGCAAGGAAGUCUUGCAGUUUUUUGGUAGUGUGGAUCCAACAGAAAAGCACGAAACGAGUAAGGGUCUUCGUCAUCGUGAGACCGGCUCCUGGUUGCUUUCAAAUACGGCCUUUAUUGCUUGGGCGAACCACAUUGGGUCAAGGCUUUGGCUUUCUGGAAUCCCCGGUGCUGGAAAGACUAUUCUUGCGUCCGUCGUCAUUGAGGAGAUGCUAAGGCAGGCUUCUGGCUCAUCGGAGAAGGCAGUUGCUUACUUUUACUGCGACUAUAACAAACCGGAGCACCAAAAGUCCUCCAACAUUCUGGGUGCAAUUGCUUGCCAGCUCGCACGACAAGACAAAUCCGAGCGCAGCUUCGAGCUUUUGCAGGAUUACUACCGUUCUUGUUCUCCUUCUACACCCAAGGCUUCCAGAUUGUUGACUUUAGUACAAGAGAUGAGUAUGUCUUUCGAUGCAGUUUCGAUCGUCGUAGAUGCCUUGGACGAAUGUGGCAGCGAUCGGACAGUGACCGCGGAGGAUCUGGCCAGUUUGAACAAGGGCAUAGGCAGCAACAUUCGGACCGCUUUUCUCAGCCGAGCUGAGCUCGACAUCAAUAACAUAUUGGACAACUUCAUGCACAUUCCUAUUGCAGCACAUAACGAUGAUGUUAAGAUCUUUGUUGCUGAAGAGAUAGAGUCGAGGGCUCGCAAGGGAAAUCUGCGUAUAAAGACCCCUGGCUUGAAGAAUGAAAUCAUCGAGGCACUCAUCAACGGUGCAGAUGGAAUGUAA